CAAUUCAAUAAUGCAAGUUCUGCUGAUUUUUUUUCUUCAGUUUGUUGUUUGCAUUUGACGAAGCCAUAGGUAGUUUUUUCUCUCACUAAAAAACAUAUAUUCUCCUCUCCAAAAUCUUCCCAAAAACUCUAGACAAUAUGACGAACUCACGAAAACGUGACGCAAUCACCGAAUGUUUCGGAAGCUACAAGAGAAUGGAUAUCAGAAAGGGCAAGGAGACGGCGGGAUCGGACUCGGACUUAGACCCAAUGUUGGAUGUGCCAGGCAUGAGUACUUUGGCUAACAAGUUCAGAUACUACAAUUCACAGGUGAAGGCUUUGGGCGAAGAAAAGGUUGGUAUAAAAUCCUUGGUUCAAAGGCCUAUUGAUGAAGCAAGCUUCACAAACUCGGGUGUGAAGCAACUCUUAAGGGACAUAAGGUUGUUGGGUACUGUCAAACUUGCCAAUACACCUCACCGACUGUUGUUUGAGAAUAGUGUUGUGCGCGAGUUCCAUGCGAAUCUGAAGAUGAGGGCCAAAGAUGAUGAUUCUGGUAGUUAUUGCAAAGUGUAUAUCCGCGGGGCUAUGUUCGAUUUCAACCCUACCAAACUGAACGAAAUCCUAGGCACAAGGAAUGGGGGAAGGUUUCCAACAACGCUUGACAACGAGUGGUUGGCGUUGACUGGAGCUAAAAUGGUGGAGUGGCCCAUUAUCGGUCAUCGACACUCUCAUCUGACAAAGGUCUAUGAUGUUCUUCACGAGAUUGGGUGUUCCAAUUGGUUCCCAACCAAUAAUUCGUAUGAUGUAUCAGUCGACCAAGUAGUGCCAUUGUGCAAUAUUGGAAGGGGUUUGAACUUUGAUAUGGGCGAAUUUAUUUUUCGCCACAUAUUGGAUGAGGCUGAUCGUGUUCAUGUGGUGUUAUCCUUUCAUAUUAUAAUCUUUUCUUUACUGUAUGAGUAGGGUUACAGGGCGCCCAAAGCUGUUGGCUUCAAUUCAGUGGAUCCGCUUCCAAUCAA